GUGGUUAGUUCAAAUGAGUAUUUUAGGAGGCUGCGAUAUGUUCGUGUGAAUUAAAGCCUCCUUGUGGUAGUCCAAAACUUUUGCCGAUUUAUAGUGCUGCCUUACUGAAGCAUACUUCCGAAGACACCCAGCAGGACACCCCACCUGGUCACAUGAUACUGACAAUGGACGAACCAGUCGUUAUACACUCCUGAUAUGCUGAGAGCUAAGCAGGAGAUGGCUAGUAAUUCCAUAUUGAACACAGUAGACAAAUCCUUGAGACUUGUGAGAAUGCUGACUACUGAUAUUAUGAAACCAGUUGAGGAAUCCAUUAUACAGAAACUGUCAGAGAGACUAGCACCACAACAUCUCGAAGUCAUUAAUGAAAGCUACAUGCAUAAUGUUCCCAAAGGGUCUGAGACUCAUUUCAAAGUGGUUGUUAUAUCUGAAAAAUUUCAAAGUGUCCCCUUGAUAAAGAGACAUAGAAUGGUGAAUGAUGUUUUACAAGAUGAACUAGAGUCUGGAGUUCAUGCACUGUCCAUUCUAGCGAAGACUCCACAACAAUGGGAAGAUUCAGCACAGAAUAUUGGGAAAUCCCCUCCAUGUAGAGGGGGAGCAGGUCUCUGAUCAUCUCACCAUUGUAUUAGAUGUGGAUUUGUUUCUGACAAUAUUGGUGGACUGUUCAGUGUGGGAUUAUUCUGUUCCUACUUGUCUAUUACCUUUGAUAUGGAGAUUCAGGAAUUAAUUUAUUUACACCUAGAAGUGACAGGAAAUUUGUGAAUGUGUAACAGACUCAGACUUUACGCUCACAUCCGCAGAAUAUAACGCUCACAUCCACGGAAUAUUACGCUCACAUCCGCGGAAUAUUACGCUCACAUCCGCGGAAUAUUACGCUCACAUCCGCGGAAUACAUACAUUUGUAUUUCCAUGGUGUUGCAUGAUGGUCAAGUUAAUAAUUAUACUUAAGUCACGAUGAUACAAAAACUCUUGGUAGUGGCAUUGAAAAACGUCAUAAUGCAUGGAUACAUUGAAAUAACAAGCAGCCUUUGACUGACAGGUGUCAUUAGGAACCUUAAUCCAACUGACAGUCAGGUGUCAUUAGGAACCUUAAUCCAACUGAUAGUCAGGUGUCAUUAGGAACCUUAAUCAAACUGUUAGUCAGGUGUCAUUAGGAACCUUAAUCCAACUGACAGUCAGGUGUCAUUAGGAACCUUAAUCCAACUGAUAGUCAGGUGUCAUUAGGAACCUUAAUCCAACUGACAGUCAGGUGUCAUUAGGAACCUUAAUCCAACUGAUAGUCAGGUGUCAUUAGGAACCUUAAUCCAACUGACAGUCAGGUGUCAUUAGGAACCUUAAUCCAACUGACAGUCAGGUGUCAUUAGGAACCUUAAUCAAACUGUUAGUCAGGUGUCAUUAGGAACCUUAAUCCAACUGAUAGUCAGGUGUCAUUAGGAACCUUAAUCCAACUGACAGUCAGGUGUCAUUAGGAACCUUAAUCCAACUGACAGUCAGGUGUCAUUAGGAACCUUAAUCCAACUGACAGUCAGGUGUCAUUAGGAGCCUUAAUCCAACUGACAGUCAGGUGUCAUUAGGAACCUUAAUCCAACUAACAGUCAGGUGUCAUUAGGAACCUUAAUCCAACUGAUAGUCAGGUGUCAUUAGGAACCUUAAUCCAACUGACAGUCAGGUGUCAUUAGGAACCUUAAUCCAACUGACAGUCAGGUGUCAUUAGGAACCUUAAUUCAACUGACAGUCAGGUGUCAUUAGGAACCUUAAUCCAACUGACAGUCAGGUGUCAUUAGGAACCUUAAUCCAACUGACAGUCAGGUGUCAUUAGGAACCUACUCCAACUGAUAGUCAGGUGUCAUUAGGAACCUUAAUCCAACUGACAGUCAGGUGUCAUUAGGAACCUUAAUCCAACUGACAGUCAGGUGUCAUUAGGAACCUUAAUCCAACUGACAGUCAGGUGUCAUUAGGAAUCUUAAUCCAACUGACAGUCAGGUGUCAUUAGGAACCUUAAUCCAACUGACAGUCAGGUGUCAUUAGGAACCUUAAUCCAACUGACAGUCAGGUGUCAUUAGGAACCUUAAUCCAACUGACAGUCAGGUGUCAUUAGGAACCUUAAUCCAACUGACAGUCAGGUGUCAUUAGGUACCUUAAUCCAACUGACAGUCAGGUGUCAUUAGGUACCUUAAUCCAACUGACAGUCAGGUGUCAUUAGGUACCUUAAUCCAACUGACAGUCAGGUGUCAUUAGGUACCUUAAUCCAACUGACAGUCAGGUGUCAUUAGGAACCUUAAUCCAACUGAUAGGUGUCAUUAGGUACCUUAAUCCGACUGACAGUCAGGUGUAAUUAGGAACCUUAAUCCAAUUGACAGUCAGGUGUCAUUAGGAACCUUAAUCCAACUGACAGUCAGGUGUCAUUAGGAACCUUAAUCCAACUGUUAGUCAGGUGUCAUUAGGAACCUUAAUCCAACUGACAGUCAGGUGUCAUUAGGAACCUUAAUCCAACUGACAGUCAGGUGUCAUUAGGAACCUUAAUCCAACUGACAGUCAGGUGUCAUUAGGAACCUUAAUCCAACUGACAGUCAGGUGUCAUUAGGUACCUUAAUCCAACUGACAGUCAGGUGUCAUUAGGUACCUUAAUCCAACUGACAGUCAGGUGUCAUUAGGUACCUUAAUCCAACUGACAGUCAGGUGUCAUUAGGUACCUUAAUCCAACUGACAGUCAGGUGUCAUUAGGUACCUUAAUCCAACUGACAGUCAGGUGUCAUUAGGAACCUUAAUCCAACUGAUAGUCAGGUGUCAUUAGGAACCUUAAUCCAACUGACAGUCAGGUGUCAUUAGGAACCUUAAUCCAACUGUUAGUCAGGUGUCAUUAGGAACCUUAAUCCAACUGACAGUCAGGUGUCAUUAGGAACCUUAAUCCAACUGACAGUCAGGUGUCAUUAGGAACCUUAAUCCAACUGACAGUCAGGUGUCAUUAGGAACCUUAAUCCAACUGACAGUCAGGUGUCAUUAGGAACCUUAAUCCAACUGACAGUCAGGUGUAAUUAGGAACCUUCAUUCAUUUCAGCUAUAUGAAAACCUGAUCUCAAUAAAUUAUUUAGCUGUUGUGAUUUAAUAAUGACUUGCUAUAGACUGUUACUGGUAAAUAAACUUUGGUGACUAGCUAUAGACUGUUACUGGUAAAUAAACUUUGGUGACUAGCUAUAGACUGUUACUGGUAAAUAAACUUUGGUGACUAGCUAUAGGCUGUUACUGGUAAAUAAACUUUGGUGACUAGCUAUAGACUGUUACUGGUAAAUAAACUUUGGUGACUAGCCAUAGACUGUUACUGGUAAAUAAACUUUGGUGACUAGCCAUAGACUGUUACUGGUAAAUAAACUUUGGUGACUAGCCAUAGACUGUUACUGGUAAAUAAACUUUGGUGACUAGCCAUAGGCUGUUACUGGUAAAUAAACUUUGGUGACUAGCUAUAGGCCGUUACUGGUAAAUAAACUUUGGUGACUAGCUAUAGGCUGUUACUGGUAAAUAAACUUUGGUGACUAGCUAUAGACUGUUACUGGUAAAUAAACUUUGGUGACUAGCUAUAGACUGUUACUGGUAAAUAAACUUUGGUGACUAGCUAUAGGCCGUUACUGGUAAAUAAACUUUGGUGACUAGCUAUAGGCUGUUACUGGUAAAUAAACUUUGGUGACUAGCUAUAGACUGUUACUGGUAAAUAAACUUUGGUGACUAGCUAUAGGCUGUUACUGGUCAAUAAACUUUGGUGACUAGCUAUAGACUGUUACUGGUCAAUAAACUUUGGUGACUAGCUAUAGACUGUUACUGGUCAAUAAACUUUGGUGACUAGCUAUAGACUGUUACUGGUCAAUAAACUUUGGUGACUAGCUAUAGACUGUUACUGGUAAAUAAACUUUGGUGACUAGCUAUAGACUGUUACUGGUAAAUAAACUUUGGUGACUAGCUAUAGGCUGUUACUGGUAAAUAAACUUUGGUGACUAGCUAUAGACUGUUACUGGUAAAUAAACUUUGGUGACUAGCUAUAGGCUGUUACUGGUAAAUAAACUUUGGUGACUAGCUAUGGGCUGUUACUGGUAAGGAGAUUGUUGAGUAUACAAACACUUUCUAUAACCCACUGUCAAAUAUUCAGCUGGUAUCUCAACAAAUACCAAAUAUGUUUGAUAUUGAUAGCUGUAAACCUUAACUUAUACACUCCAUGCCUCCAUUUAUCCAGAAACACAGUAAACAACAUCCCUCCUACAUCUAGAUCAGAUAUUGUUGUAGUCUCAGAGGGUAUCAUAUAUUAACGUUGAUGUACAGAGCUUAAAUCUCCUCUACACAUGAUGCAUAAUGUACCAGUGUAAUUGGAUAGAAUUGUAAGUGUACUUUACAGGUUGAGACUGUAGUAUAUCAAGUCCAACCUCAAAUAUCCUCGUGUUGUUUUAUUGUAAACAAAUCUGAGGAAGCUUUUUCACUUACAUUCAUGUACAUAAAUAAAGGUGGUUAUAGCAAUACUGAAGUAAAGUUAGAACGUCAUGUUUGUUUCUUGUAUAUUUCAGUUAAAGAAAGUACAAAAUGUAUGUGUGAAAAAUGAAUAUUUGUGACAUGUGACAUGACUGACAUGGAAUUACAACAUUAAAGAUAAUGAUUUUUA